UCCGUUUCCAUGUAACAUAGUCUCCUACUCUCUCUCGAAGCUGAGAAUCAAAUCUUUGAAACUUGAUCUCUUCUCCCCCGUCCAUGGCCAAUUCCCUCCUGAUGCCGAAGCAGGAUGAGCUCUUUUGCGAUGGAGGGGUUGACUUCGGGUACAGAAACAAAAAGAGGCCGUGGUUGUGGCUCGACGAAGAUGAUGAUGAUGACGAUGAUUUGUUGAAUGACGACGAAGACUGGAGUAUGGUCUUUGAGGUGUUCAGGACAUUAAGUUGGAUGAUUGCACCCAUCGACUUAUCUUUGAUUCUAGGAACAGAUUCAAACGCGGGUUUAAUGGCAUUAGCAGUUCCUCUAGUGAAGUCCCUGUUGUCAGUUGUGUUUAGUAAGGUCUUGAGCAAGCCAAGUGUUGUUAGACCUAUAGAGAGAAGUAGGAGAAGAGGAACGCGCGUUUUCAAGGACUAGGAAAGCUAGGCAAGCUAAAAACAUGGGUGGUGGUGGUAGUGUUGAUAAGGAAGGGUACAAGUCACUCUGCUGGUUAAUGCGCUUAGAACUGCAGCGUGCAUUUGCUUUAAGAACACUGCUCGAUCAAUCAACGCAUUUGAUGGUUACUGUGAAGGCGAGCUUGUCAAGGUAUUUAUUACACACUCUUUUGAUAUUUGUCCUAAUAGUAGAUCAUUACGCAAUACGUUCGUUUGUUAUCAUAUCAAUGAGUCUGAUUAGCCACUCUAAUGAUAUGUUCUAUAUUUUACCCUAUUUAACCCCUAUAUUUCAUAUGUUUUCAAAGGUUUUAUGUGUAUUUCGUAGCUCUUUUAGAAAUAUUUCAGGUUUAAGUACUCAUUGGAAUAAAGUGAUGAUUAUGGAGCAUUUUGAUAUCUUUUAGAAGAUAUUGCAUCUUACUCGCGAGCUGACUACUGAAGAGAGUAUCAACCGAUGCAUCAAAAUCAAGGUUAACCGAUGGAGAAUCACAAGAAUCGAUCGAUUGAGUACCAGCCAUAUCGAUCGAUACAGAGCUAAUCGCGAUUAAUAAAAAUUAGAAGAUUUAUGAGUUUUGCCCAAAAGAUAUCAUAUAUGUAUUAUACACCCUGGCCGCCUGUUAAGACAUACUAUUAGGGUUUUUGUACCAUUUAAAUAAAGAGGCACUAAGAAGAGAAAAACCAAGCAAUCAAGGAGGCUACAAGCAAGUCACCAAAGUCAUCACCAAAGAGAGAAGUAUUAGCUUAGAGUCAGUUGGAGAAGAAGAUAUCUACCUUGGAGAGAGAUAUCUGAACUGCAUAAACAGAGAAGAUCUUAAACUCCUUUUGUUUUCUUACUCUAUUUUUUAUUAAGUUUUAUUUAAGUAUUAUUUAGACCAUCAUAAUUAUGCUUCUUAUGAAUAUGUAUGAGUAGUCCUACUGUUAGAUUUAGGUUUACCAAAGGUUGAUUACUUAUUCUAGUUAUA